AAAAAAAAGUCUUAAUGAUUGGUUCUUAGAUCUUACAUCAAGAAGACGGUUGUCAAAAUAUUGCAUGUGAAUCACGAGUAGAUUUACUGUUUUAAUCAUUGACCUUUAGUUACUCUGAGCUGUUUGAGAUUAACAAAAAAAAUACUAAAAAGUUGACGAUUUAUACAAAGCUGCAUACUUUAUUGACAGUUGCUCAUAAUCAAAUCUAGAUGUAAAUGUUGUAUGGUUUUCUGAUAAUAUUCUUGAAAGUCAUAGUUUUUUUAUAAAACUUUUAUUACUCGGAUACACAUAUGUUUUUUAACAUUCAGGAUACAUUAUACGAUUCUUCCUUAUAUAAUUUUGAGACAAUGUUUUCAAAAGUGUUACAUUUUAAAAAGACAACCUUUUAAAACUCGGAUGCACAAACGUGUGAUAACAUUCUGGAGACAUUAAAUAGAUCCCAAGACGAUCUUACUUCUUUAGAAAAGUGAGACAAAGUACAAGCUGAUAAUAACAAAUUCUAGCAGCAACUUGACAAGCGCAUCAAAACUCCUAAAAGAUGUCUCGCAAUAGAAAAACUGAUAGGAAAGUGUCGAAAAAAAACAAUAGAAAACAUUGUCACCCUUUCACCAGUGACCAGUCCAAAGUCCAGUCAGACGAAGUUGAAGGGCCAAUAAUUGAUGGUCAUGAAACUCAGGAGUCAGAAGGUGGAGAAGCUGAUCUACACAAAUAUCGUCGUGACUGUAAGAAGAAUCCAGGUCAUAACCAGUUUAUACCUGUUGAUACAUUCAAAUUGAAACAUUUACCUGUAGGUCUUAAAGACAAAGAUUUGUUUAAACUCAUUAAAGCCAUAGCUGACCUCACAGUUAGAGUUGAUGUUAAAAUGACCAGUCCACACAGGCCAAAGUUUUGGCCAAAGACAACUCAACCAUAUCCAUUUUAUAACAUGAGUGAGAGAAGAAACUUGAGGACAGGAAGUGGAAGAGUGUGGCGUGUAAACAAGUUUCAAGAUGGAGUCUUAAAAGAUGGACGUUAUGGACGUACUGCCUACACAAAGUGUUGGUGUAGAAAAUGUGAAGUUUUAGACUCAGCUAGCAAUGUGUGGUGGGAGUUUAUAGUGAACACAGCCACACAUGUGGCUUUUGAUGACAUUGAGACCAACCACACGACCUUGAGAUUGUUUUAUGAUAGAGAUGACAGUCCAGUGGUCAGUGUUGAUAAGGUCAGUGCUGUAGAUGUAAACAUUGAGUAUGACAGGUGUAGGUUGAACUGUGUGACAUGUGAUAAAACUUUAGGAAAUAAACUUAUGGAAAUGUUCAAACAUUUUGAAAAUGUGUGGUGGAAAGUUUAUAACAAAUACUCUGACUCUAGAUUUCAAAACAAGUUGACCUUUAUGGUGUCACAUCCUCAUGGAUGUUCUAAACAGGUCAGCGUUGGUCAAUGGAAGGGCAGACUAGAGGUGGAUAAUAACUCUCAGUUUACUUAUACAACUUGUACAUGUCCAGGAAGUAGUGGAGCACAUGUUCACUGUCUGGGGUAUAAAGACUGGACUUUGUCUUAUCUUGUCCACAGUGGAAGUUUGAAGUCUGGAUUAAAUUACAGUGCAGCUGGUUUUGUCCAGUAAGUUGUUUCCCUUGUGAGCUGUCAAGCUUCGCUAUGAAGAUGUCUUUGAGAACACUUGACAUUAUGAACAUCAAACUGAAAUGUCUCUUUAGUCUUGAGAUAAAAACAUUUAUACUUUGUGAUAAAUAUUUAUUCAUUUGUUUACAAGAAAAUUUUGUUCAUAUCUUCUUAGAUCAACUUUUUUUCUAGUUAUGUAAAUAAAUUGUGUAUGCUGUCUUUAAAUUUACAAUGUUUUGUUUCCCUUUUUAUCCACGUUGUUGUUUGCAAUUUACAUUAAUAAUAAUUGAAAUCUAAUCUACCACGUGUAAAUCUAGAACUUGCUUUCAACGAUCAGGUUGUGGAAAAAAUUAUUAGAUGUAGUUCGUAUUUUGUUGUUGUUUUUUUUAUUUAAAAUGCAAUUUAAAAGUUUGCAAUUAUUUCAAAUACAAAAAGGUGUCAGUUAUUAAAAAAAUCGAAAAAAAUUAUAGUGUUGUGUUAGACAUUAGUUGUUUUCUUUUUAAUCAAGCA